CGAUGUUACGACCAUGGAUGCAACGGCAGAACUUUCUCUUCAAUCAGUAAUCUUCGACGACACCAACGCGAACGUGCAGGUCAGAGUGCUGUCUGCUUUUGCCCACGCUGCGGUGCUCCUUUCUACAGGCGAUGGACCAGAGAUCAUCAUGUUAUGCGAAUGAGUUGUUUGAGGGUACCACGCUGGAGU